GUAACACCCCUAACACGAAUAUGGCAGCCCUCAGAGUGGGUAUUAGGAGCUGUACUACGCUAUUUACGCCAAACUCUUGUUUGUGGGGUCAUUACGGUCUUUAUCGAGAUGUCAGUCGCCUUAAAACGUUACCCUCCCUUCGCAUGGUCUUAUCUAGAAAUUCUUCGUAUAGAUCUAGUUCCGAGGAAGGCCCCAAGGAAUUGUAUACGGGCUUUGAAAUCUCCAGCUCACCCGAGGAAUGGCAAUGGGUAGAAAGACUUUUGGGGCCAAAAGUUGUACCGCAGCCAAAGCUGAAGGCAGAUUAUCCAUCUGGCUGGAAACCACCUUCAGAUGCUGCUUUAUCACUACCAUAUUUUGUGAAACGGAAUAAGAACUACAUGCUGCCAGUGUAUCUGAAUAUUCAGUUCAGAGGACAGCGGCGUAUAACUGUAGUUCGCAAUAUCCAAGGCGACAUAUGGCUGAUGGAACGUGAAUUGAGAGAGCAUCUGGAAUCUGUUGUAAAGAAACCUGUUAUUACAAUGGUCCAUGAGGUCUGCUGCUUAAUAAAAAUCAAAGGAGAUGUUUAUUUACCUGUGGAGCAGUGGCUUUAUCAAAAGGGCUUCUAGUGUGUAAUGUAACUAGAAAACAGCAUGGUUCAAGUAAUUUUGUACAUUUGAUUUCAUCCAUGCAUGAAUAACAUUGGAAGGGUGAUUUUAAUUAUGAGUUCAGUAUACAUUGUGGACUGAAGUUUGCAGUACAUCAUGCAUAAAUUCGAACACAGAAAUCUAGAUAUUUGUGUCCUGUCAUAAUUCCAUGAGGCAAAUUUGUAAAUAAAGAUGGAGGUAUAUAAUCCAAGCUACUAGUAAAGUAAUUCAGAUUAAAAUGAUUUAACAAACCAUUUUUGUGCUCAAUAGCUUUUGACACACAGUUUUUGGGUAUAAUGGAAAAAAAUCAGUUUUUUAAUUGUAAAUGAGAUAUUACUAUGUAACUUUUUGAAAACUAUUACACAAUUGAUGUUUAUCAGGUAGAAACAAUCCUAAAUGGGAAUAAAAUGUGACUUUAAUUUGUAAUAAAUGUCUGUUGUGA